AUGUCGAGCGUCGACGACCUGCUCAACAGGCUCGACGCCCGCAACAGGCGGCCGCAUGGCGCAGCGCCCGCCCACUCCACCUUUGCCCGUCCACAGCCCCCUCCUCGUACCACCGCGCUCUACGCUGACGCCUUCUCCCCUCAUGACGCCUUCUCCACCCAUGAUGCGUUCUCUGCACCCCGGCGCGAGGAGUUCGCCGCCCCGGUCAUGCCCGGCUUCGGGGACCAGGAGCCUACCCCCAGCUCGAAGCAGUUCGUCGGCCCGACAUUCGACGAUGGCGACUCGCCGACUUACCCUGCACAACAGGCACCCCUCCGCCGCCUCUCUGCUCAGCAUGCAGCUGUGCCCCAUGCCCAGUCCUCCUCGCCCAUCUCCUUCAACUCGGGCCAUCACCACGUGCCUCAACCCCAUGUUGGCCCUCUUCCCCCGUCCCCAGACUCGCCGUACGGCCAGGAUGCUACUCUCCGCGCUACUACUCUCAGCGAUGCUCACGAACGCAAGCCUUCCUUAGCGCAGAUAGCGCAGCCCAAGGCCGAGGCUGAAGAGGAGGACGAGUUCGGCCUUGCAGACAAUGACGAGUGGAUGAGCCAGGCUGUAGCUGAGGCGACCAAGGUUGAAGCCGCUCGACCUGUCUCGCGUACGGGCACCGCCUCGCCGUACUUUCAAAAGCCUGCUGCCCAAGGCGACUCGGCCAUCUUACGCCCACCUUCCCGUGUGCGCACAGCGUCUCCCUACUUCCAUCAACCAGCGAUCGCCGCACGCCCUCCCUCUGCCCAGCUGCGCCCACCUUCUCGGCUCACGUCAGCGUCCCCAAGUACUCUCAACGUGCGCUUCCCCAAGUUGCCUUCACGCCCUACGUCAGCGGCUUCGACUACGCGUGGAACCCCGCCUCCACGUCUCGAGCGGAGCGGCAAGGCACUCGCCCAGAAGCCCACCACCAGCGCUCGAGCCAAUGGAGGCGGUGUGGCGAAGGGCGUCCAGCUUGUGUCCGUCCAUGCCCUAGACACUCAGGCGGAACGCGACUUAUUCAACUUCGAGUACUUCAAUGAAAUGCAGAGCGCGGUCUUCCACGCUGCUUACAAGGAAGACGAGAACCUCGUCGUUACUGCCCCCACAGGAUCGGGCAAGACGACUGUCUUCGAGCUGGCCUUCCUCCACAUGAUAUCCGAAAGGACGGAGCGAUACAACCCCCUGGCUAUUUACAUGGCUCCAACGAAGGCACUCUGCUCUGAACGAGUUCAAGACUGGAAGCACCGGUUUCGUGCACUCGACAUCAAUUGUGUGGAACUCACCGGUGACACAGAGGCGCAUGACAUUCACCGCUACCUCGACAACGCGCACCUCAUUGUUACGACUCCCGAGAAGUGGGAUUCUGUAACCCGGCGCACGACCAUCGGCAUGAUAAUUGAUCGCCUGACGCUCAUGAUGAUCGACGAGGUUCACAUCCUCAAUGAGAGCCGCGGAGCUACCCUCGAGGUUGUGGUGUCUCGCAUGAAGGAGCGCAGUAGCAGCAAAGUUCGCUUUGUGGCUGUCUCGGCCUCCGUGCCCAACAUUGACGACGUGGCUCGCUGGAUCGGCACACGCCCAAGGUCUGAUCAAAUACCUGAGGACCCGACAGACGUGGAGAGCAUGUCAAAGGCCGAAAUCUUCAAGUUCGGCGAAGAGUUCCGUCCAGUCCCACUCACGCGCCAUGUGAUCGGCUACGAGGCCCACAAUGACUUCGCUCUGGGAAGCAAGCUUGACAAGGAGCUCUUCCCACUCCUGAACCGUCAUAGCCAGGGCAAGCCUGUCCUAAUCUUCUGUCCGACUCGGCGAGCUUGCCACAUCACCGCCGAAACCGUGUUUCAAGAGUAUAAGGCUACUCGAGAUGCUAAAAAGCCACUACCAUGGGAUAAUACUUAUAACAAAUCCAUCCCUCUCAAAGACUCGAAGAUCACGGCGCUCACUGAAUGUGGCAUUGCUGUGCACCAUGGUGGCCUUGAGCUUCUGGACCGGCGCAAGAUCGAGGAUGCCUUCAAGGCCGGGGACCUUCACCUGAUUGUCUACCUCACACACUUGGUCAUCAUCAAGGGCACGUCGAUGUGGCAAGGCUCGGGUCACCGCGAGUACACUGAUAUCGAUAUCCAGCAAAUGAUGGGCCGUGCAGGUCGACCCCAAUUUGACAACUCUGGAACGGUGGUGGUUCUAUGUGAUCGCCAAAAGCUUGCCAGGUACCAGGACAUGGUCCAUGCCAAAGUCCUUCUGGAGAGUUGCCUCCAUGAGCACUUGACCGAGCACCUCAACAGUGAGAUCGGGCUGGGGACCAUCAAGAGCCUAAAGAGUGCGCAAGACUGGCUACGCCGCUCGUUCCUCUUUAUCAGGAUCCAGCAAAAUCACAGGCACUAUCAAAAGUCGUUCGCCAAGGACCACGCGAAGACCUGGACUGAAACGCUUGACAUUCAUGUCGAGAAUGCUCUUCGUGACCUCCAAGAACAUGAGCUUGUUGGCUACAACGACGAGGACGACGAAGAAGACAAUCACUUAAAGGGUUUGGUUCCCACUUCACUCGGCAGGAUUAUGUCGAGGAACUUCAUUUCUUACACGACGAUGUGCCACAUUGUCUCAAUGAGGCCAGACUCAGAGUUCCGAGAUCUUCUCGAGAUCCUCGCUGGCGCGAAGGAGUUCGAUACUCUCCGCAUUCGACAGGGAGAGGCAUCAUUUCUCAACAGCAUGCGCGAGACUGAUGGAAUGCGAUACAAACUUGGGGACAGUGUCAAGAGCUAUGGAGACAAAGUCUUCAUUCAUCUUCAGAUCACUUUCGGCAACAUUGACGUGGAGAAGGCUGCCACCAAGUCGGAGAACAACACUCCACUGCAGACCCAAAUCACCAUCUUCUCCUCUGCGCCGAGGAUCGCCAAGGCCAUGAUGAUGGUUGCGACUGAGAAGGAGUACGGCCCUGCAUCGCGAGCCGCGUUGAGUUUGCUGCGCACCGUCAAUGGCAAAGCGUGGGAGGACUCAACAAGCAUAUUCCGUCAAAUCGAGAGGAUCGGCCCAAAGUCCCUCGAGGUCCUCAAGAACAACGGCAUUAGAAACUGGGACCAGUUCCUUAGUAUCGAACCGGAUCGACUCGAGUUGUGGUUCAACCGCAACCACCCCUUUGGCCACGAUCUCAAGGAAAGGGCUCGAGAGUUCCCUCGCUUCAAGAUCGAAUUCACGUUAGUCGCCCGGGAUACCUGUACGCGGUUGCUAAUUCACGCCAGUGACGCUGAUAUCCUCGACAAAGGUGACGGUCAGCCCAGCGUUCAGCUUCAUCUCAAGAUCACCAACACUGGCGCGUUGAUCAACAAGGUCAACACCGGUACCCGUGGUGGACGCGGACGCGGAAAGGAUCGCAACGUGACAUAUAACCUUUCGAUCCUAUUUGUCACGUCCAGGGACGACCGAUUCCUGCGGUACAUGAGCCUCAACACGGGCAGGCUGAAGGACAAGGAGAGGACCCCAAUGAUCGAGGUCCAAAUGCUCUAUCCCGACGAGAAGAUCAUUGCCAUUGCCGGUGUCGAUGAGAAGUCGGGCCUGGCCCAGACCUUUGAAUUUGACCCCAGGAUCCCCGAGGAGAUGUUCAAGGUCUCCAGGGAGGCCACACCGGUGGUCGUCAUCAACGACAAAACGCCAUCACCCGAGCCGCGUCGCAGGAGCGGUCACCAGGGUUCGAGCUCGAGGCUGAACCAAGCGAAGGCAGAGCCAGACGACGAUUCCAGAGGCGGCAGAGGCGUCAAGUUACCCCUGUUCCUACAAGCACCUCUCGACAUCGAGAGCAGUGAGGACGAGCUGAUCGACCUCACUGCUGAGCCAACGACCUCAUCGAAGCAGAAGCUCCCAAAACGCCCAGCUCGACGAAGCCCUCCGUCCAAGAAGCGAUCCAAGCCCCGUUCCAAGCGCCCACGAUUAGCCCGCUCCCGGUUCAUCGACGAUAUGGCGGAAGAGUCCGACGGCGAUGACGACGAGGAGGAUGACGAGGAUGAGAGUGAUGGCCUCGACCUUGAGGAGUAUCUGUCUGCACUGCCCCGUCGGCGACAGUCCCCUCCCCCAGUCGCUCAGAACAAGUCAAAGACCAAGCCGAUCCCUUCCGGCGUGGACUCCGCCACACCGCCCGCCAGCUUCAGCCUCUCGGCGAAGCCCGCGCCGAAGCUUCCGAUAAUGAGCUUUGAGUCCAUCACCCCGAAGGCCGCAACCGCCGGAGCGUUUGCGCAAGCCUCAGCUCCAGCUUCGCCGCCCCAAGCUCCGCCCCAACAGCCUGCCGCUCCUGUCACGCCUUCCACUCCCCACGUAACGGACGAGGAAGACUUUGACAGCUGGAUGGCGUCGGUUCUCGGCGACUGA